GCGGCGGGGGGGCGGCGGCGUUCCGGGCCCGGGGACUCGGGACACCGCGGAGGGAGGCGGCGGCGGCGGCGGCGAGGGACGCGGGCCACCAUGGACAUGGAAAGGCUGCAGGAGGCGCUCAAAGAUUUUGAGAAGAGGGGAAAAAAAGAAGUUUGUCCAGUGCUGGAUCAGUUUCUUUGUCACGUAGCCAAGACGGGGGAGACGAUGAUUCAGUGGUCCCAAUUUAAAGGCUAUUUUAUUUUCAAAUUGGAGAAAGUAAUGGAUGAUUUCAGAACAUCAGCUCCUGAACCAAGAGGUCCUCCUAACCCUAAUGUUGAAUAUAUUCCCUUUGAUGAAAUGAAGGAAAGAAUUCUGAAAAUUGUCACUGGAUUCAAUGGUAUUCCUUUUACUAUUCAGCGACUUUGUGAAUUGCUAACAGAUCCAAGGAGGAACUAUACAGGAACAGACAAAUUUCUCAGAGGCGUAGAAAAGAAUGUGAUGGUUGUUAGCUGUGUAUAUCCAUCUUCAGAGAAAAACAGUUCUAACAGCUUAAAUCGAAUGAAUGGUGUUAUGUUUCCUGGAAACUCACCAAGUUACACUGAGAGGUCUAACAUUAAUGGUCCUGGAACUCCCAGACCAGUAAACCGACCAAAGGUUUCUUUGUCAGCUCCUAUGACAACAAAUGGUUUGCCUGAGAACACAGAAGGUAAAGAGUCAAAUUUACAACUAACUGAGGAGAAAAACCACAGUGAUUCAUCAGCAUCUGAAUCAGAAGGUGCCCAAGCGAGUCCUGUAAAAAAUAAACACUCAGAUGAAGACCCUGUGGAAGCAGAAGGGCAUGAGGUAAAAAGACUCAAAUUUGACACAGAAGGUGAAGACAGAGAGACAACCAACCCAAGUUCCAACAGUGACAUGCCUUCAACUGUGGUAGAAGAAACAGGAAUGUCGCCUGCAUCUCAGGAUAAAGACAGAGGGAGCAGCUCUGCCAGACAGCGCUGUACGGACGAGGAGGAGGAGGAAGAGGAAGAAGAAGAGGAGGAGGAAGAGGAGGAAGAAUCUUUUGUGACCUCUAAAGAAAUUACCCCAGAAAGAAAAGAUCAAGAAAAAGAAACUGAUGAGGCCUUAACUGUGAGUGAAGAGACUUCUGAGGAGAGUAAUCAAAUGGAGGAGUCUGUCUUGUCUCAGGAAGACAAAGAUUUACAUUCUGAAGACAGUGAAAAUACAAGACCUGUAAGUAGUGGUGUUGAUUGCAGUGAAACUGAAGAAUUAGGAACCUAUGCCAGUGAAACUCCAUCAGAAUCCCCAAUGGAAAACAGUGAUGAGGCCACAGACGUUGCAGAAGAACCCAUGGAACAAGACUAACUAUGAAACCUAUUUAGAUGCAGUAUUUUACAUAAGGCCCUGAUUUUCCACUGUAUAAAACUUUUAUGUAAUAAAGUGGACCUUUAGUUUUACAAGAGAAGCAGGUUGUAAAAUAUGAUUCUUCAUGGAAUAAAUCCUGAAAGAGUUUUACACAUAAGAACUGUGAAUAUAGGCUCCUUCAGGUCCUGCUUACCGCUGACUUUUUGGUCUGCUCAAAUCAGUGGUAUGUGUAUAGAUUUUUUUUUAAUUUAGAAUAAAAGUUUUUAAACUGGAAGGUAAUAAUUAUAAUUUUGACAAACUUUUUGGAGAUUACCACAUUUAGUUUAUACAUAUGCAAGAAAGCUUUUUGUCUUGUCUAUUUCUGACAGCUCUAGCAGUUUUCAUAUUUUGGUCAUAGUUUCAACAUUUUAACAUGUGAAUUAUAGGGUUUCAUGCUGGUUUCCAGAUUUUAUUGUUUGACUAUGUACAAUGGAACCUUAAGUCAUAAAUACAUAUAAAUAUAUAUAUAUACUAUUCUAAGGGGGAAAAUGUUCUAUUUUUCUGUUUCUAUAAGAGAUGAAUACAGUGAAUACUUUUUCUAUUGGAAAUAAUUGAGUUUCACCUCUUUCAGAAGGCAAUUUCUUUCACUUCUGAAUGAUUCAAAUAAAAUCUGGCCCCUAUGAAACCCUGGAAAUCUUUAACACUGUUGAAAUACCAGGUUAAACACAUUCCAAGAAAUCUGUUCAAACUACAACCCUUUUGUAUACUUCUGAGGUGCCUGACUAAAAGGACUUCAUUUAUUUAUGAGAAAAAUUUGCUUUAUGUUAAGAUCAGUCUUCAACCAUUAGCUUAAUAUUUUGUAGAGUGAAUGCUUAUGAAGCUGAUGUGAGAACAUCUCAGAAGAACUGGGCAGGUUACUUGACUUUUUGCUUGCUUCUAUGAACAUUGUGAAUAUUACACGUUUCUUUCUAAAUUAUUUGAAAGUAUGCAAAUGGAUUUGGUAUGAUACACCAUUGUACUGGAAGAAUUAAUAUAUUACCAUAGUAAUGUACCUGAGCUAAAUGAUUGAAAGUUCUAGGGGUGCAUAGAAACCAACAUAAUUUGUAUGACAUUUUGAAGUGAAUUAAAUAUUUUUGAACAUGCUAGUCCGACAGCCAGUGUUAUAUUUUUCAGAUCAGCGCAAAGCACAACUACUGCUCAACUCAAUGUUUUCAGAUUCCCAUUAAGUCAUGCAAGCUGCAACUUCCCAGUCAAAAUUACUGGCUGCCAAAUUUAUACCUGUUUCUUCAACUGUACCUUUUUGAUAUUUAGAAUUUUUAAAUUUCUGUAAAGUAGAUUUUGUAGAUUGUAAUGUGUUCACUGCCUUUGUGAAGCGGUAUAUAAUUGUAUAAUUUCUGUGUGUAAACUGAAUGCUUGGGCUUUCAAUACAGUAUUCAUAUAAAGCAAUAAAUAUUAAUGUUAUAAAA